GCCUGGUUCAUGCAUGCCUGCUGGUUUUGAGUGGCAUCGACCCUCUUAAAUGAGUCUUCUUUUUGAAGUCUGGAGCCAUAUAUGGAUGAAAACUUUGUUUCAAGAGCCUUUGCCACCAUGGGAGAGCUCGUACUGAGUGUAAAAAUCAUUCGAAACAGGUUGACAGGAAUUCCAGCAGGCUAUUGCUUUGUAGAAUUUGCAGAUCUAGCUACUGCAGAGAAAUGUUUACACAAAAUCAAUGGAAAACCGCUUCCUGGUGCUACACCGGCAAAGCGAUUUAAGUUGAAUUAUGCAACGUAUGGAAAACAGCCCGAUAACAGUCCAGAAUAUUCACUUUUUGUGGGAGACCUGACUCCUGAUGUGGAUGAUGGCAUGUUAUAUGAAUUUUUUGUUAAAGUUUAUCCAUCGUGUAGAGGUGGAAAAGUUGUUUUGGACCAGGCAGGAGUAUCCAAAGGUUACGGCUUCGUGAAAUUCACGGAUGAACUGGAACAGAAAAGAGCGCUGACGGAGUGUCAAGGAGCUGUGGGGUUGGGCUCUAAACCUGUACGCUUGAGUGUGGCUAUACCAAAAGCUAAUCGUGUGAAACCAAUGGAGUACAAUCAGAUGUACAACUAUAAUUAUAACCAAUAUUACCAACAAUAUCACAACUACUAUGCCCAGUGGGGCUACGAUCAGAACACAGGCAGUUACAGCUACAGCUAUCCCCAGUAUGGAUACACGCAGAGCACAAUGCAGACAUAUGAAGAAGUUGGUGAGGAUGCAUUGGAAGAUCCGACACCUCAGUUGGAUGUCCAUGAAGCAAAUAAACAGUUUAUGGAACAGAGUGAAGAGCUCUACGAUGCCUUGAUGGACUGUCAUUGGCAGCCUUUGGACACUGUCUCGUCAGAGAUUCCAGCCGUGUUAUAGCCUCGUUGCUGAGGCACCAUGUCUGUGUGACAAACCCGCCAGUGCGCUCCGGACUGUUAUGCUGCACCUGGAUCCUGCAGUAGUGAGGGGUGGCCCUUUCUCCACCCAGGUCUGUUACUCGAAGUACAGGAGGACUGUGGCCUUUCCUGUACAGAAUGAGUAUCGUAGGAGCAUCAUGGUAACUUUUAUUCACGGUGAAAGUUAGAACUGCAACAGUUUUAUUCCUUUUGUCUUGAAAUGAACUCUUAAUACUUAUUGGGAAUUGUAAUUUAUAAACUUUCAACGAGAUGGCACAGGGGAAAGACUCUACUCCAACGUACAAUAAAAAAGUUGGUCUUUUAAGUAAAAUUACCCUUUGCAUUUUGGUUCCUGCCCAUCUUUCUGUUUUGCUGCCCAUUUAACUGUCUUCAAUCAUUUGAUCCAGCUCUCGUGAAUGCGUUAUUUUAAAAAAUCAUUAUUGGAUACCACUAAAAUGUCUCAAAAGCUUUCUAGUGACUGGGUAAGGUUGCUGUAACUUGUGCACGGGAAAGAACCAUGCUGAUGAAAGCUUAUGUUCUGGUUAACCUAAGCUGUGAUCUUGAGCUAGCGAGUUUAUUGCUCGGUGUUCUUAAGCAAUCUACCUGAAGAGCAUUUUGGAGCGUAAAAGACAGAAAGGAGCAUUAUAAAACUACUACAGACCGAUGCCUUCUACCUGGUGGUCUCUCGCACGUUUGGCUCACCUCUCCAGCUGCGUAUGAGGAAAUAAUUCCCCAUCAGUCAAGCAGUUUAGAACACUUUUACCAGCAACCUUGUCUAAAUGUUAUUUUAUGUAUCAUGCCUUUUUUUCAUUGUGGACACACCUUGUUGGUCUCAUUAAGAUGUUAAGAUUUCAUAGCGUCUUCCACUGUCCUGUCAGUGGGAAUAUGGUGAAACUGAAGAUCUUGCAGCAAAAACGGGUCAGAGCAAUCUAAUGGAUAUAUUGUGCAACAAAUUGUUGCUAACCUGGAAAGCAGUUUUCUACUGGAUGUUGUAUAAGCUGGAUGGACAAGCAAUAUAUUUAAACUAAUACUAUGUUGCAUUAGAGGUGACAGUGAAAAUAAUAGCACUUAUGUACAUGUUAUAAGCCCUUUUCAGGCUUUUGUGCCUUAAACUCUUUGAGAAAUAGGAACAG